AAAAAAUAAUGGUGUAUCUUUUUGCAUGGAAAUAGCAAAAAAAUAUACAUAGUAUUUCGAGGAUAAACAACUAAAGGUAACAACAUCUCAGUCUAUUUGUUCUAUUUUUCAACUAUUCUUAGCUGUGUGUGUUUUUAACAAUCAUUUUAAAAUCAGGCUUACUGCAAAAAACACCAUCAUUAGAUAUGAAUUCGAAAGGAAAAAAAAGAAGAAGAAAACGAAAGUUAGAAUUAACUAAACAAAAAGAUAUAACACAAAAGGGGGGAUUCCAAGAACAAAAUAAAUUUCGUGACUUCGCAGUAUCUCUUCAAUCCUGUUCAUAUAAAAGACAACAGAAUCGAAAUGAGGAGGAUAUUGAUGGAUUUUCAUCAUCAGAUGGUGGCAGUGAUAUUGAUCAAAGCAAUUAUAUAAAAGAAGAACAAGCUCAUUUUUCGACAAAGAAUAAAAGCUACUUCGACAUACUAGAUUGUGACGAAAGUGAGAAAAUCAGAUGGUCUGAUAGUAGCAUUGAAGAUAUUCAAAUACCUGAUGAAAAAGAGGAAGAAUCUUUCUCGGAUGAAUUUGUUGAAGAAAAUCCAUCUGAGAUUUCGUCACGCAGACAUAUCCUUAAUGUUUCAAUUAAAGAAUAUGAUUCUGAAAGUGAGGCGCCUGUAGAAAAGAAAGAUAGAGUAGACAUUGAUAAACAGACGUCACAAGAUACGAUUGAUGCUUUAUCACCUUCACCAGCUCUUCAAAAUGUUCAAUCAUUGGUUAUGUCAACAAAAACAGAAGUUUUUAACAAUGAAGAAUAUGAAGAAGAUUACGAGAAUGCAAAAAUGCAAGAUGAAACUGCCAAGAAUAAGAAAAAACCUCUCAAAGGUAGACUUGUGGAAAGAUUGCAUAUGCUGUUGACAAAAGAAAAAUCUGAUUUGACAUUUUGGAAGCAUGAAAGUAAAAGAAGCUCAGCAGAAGCAUUACCAUUGCAAGUUAUCUCAAAAGACACGUGUUUUUCUGUCACUUCUGUUUGCUGUCAAUCAUCAUCUGGUAUGAAAGUUUAUUUAAUGUUACCGCUUACCACGAUGAAAAACAUCUCCAUCAACACAAACAGCAAACUUAGAAUAUAUCCUCCAUGGAAGAAGAUGUUUUGCAGAGAUUUGAAAACUAUUGUGUUAUUAUGUACAUAUCAUUUGGAAAUUCUGUCAAAAGACUCAGUUAUGUCAUACAGUAAAGCGGAGGAAGAUUUGCUUGCAUUUUGCCAGAAGAAUUUAAAGUUUCACACAACUUCCCAGAACACAUCUAUUGAUGAGCAGGUCUUAACCGCAUUAAGUGUGACUGACAUAAAUCAAGCUUCACCAUCGAAGUAUAGCACCAUUUCUGAAUCGGUUGAUAAAGAUGGCUACUCUGGUCGUUCAUGUAUUUACGGAAGAAUUCAACGUGUGCUUAUUAAAAAAACAUCAAGAAACGACAGCGAAACAAUUCUUCAGAAACCAAAAUUCUUUUGCAAAAAUUUCAAUCAGUCUAAAAGCAUUUAUGUCUUCUUGGUGCAAGAUAAAGAACAUGCACUAGCGGAGGUGGAAAUCCCAGAAUGCAUUGCAAAGGGAAAUUUGCUUUGGAAGCAAGCUGUGGCGGAAGGAGAAGGCAAGCUUUGUUCUUUUCUUAACAUUAAAUUAGUGAACAGAAAGAGUUACAACAGAAACCCAGUUGUUCUAUCAAUGAUGAAAACAUUUUUUCCAGACUCACAAUCUUCUACGCAGCAGUCUGGUGAAGCAAGUCAAGACAUACAAGACAUUAACACACAGCAUUCGUUCAUCGCACCGACCUGUGCAUAUACCUUCAAUGCAGACCUGCAAAGUUCGUUGAAUUUUGAUGCAACACCAGAAGAAUUUAUUAUUGAGUACCUCCCACCUAAAAUCUUAACAAAAGGCGACAGUUUAUCGAAUGGUAGAGUUUCUAUGGAAGCAAAGAUUGUAGCUGUAACCAGCUGUAAUGUGGAACUCGAGAAUGUUUUAGAUAUAUUGGACGUUCACUGUAGAUUGCACUGUUUCUACACUUCUUCAGAUAAGUUAGUCACAGUCAGGAAACUUCCAACUUGUUUCAUUUCUAAUUGCGCCAAGGAUUUGUUGGUUAAUGAUAUAGAAAAAGAUAACAAUUGCGUAUUUCUCAAAGAUUUAGGAAUAAGAAGUGAUGAAUUAAUAGCGGAUAGCUACACUCAAAUCAUCCUCAAAGUGAAUCAACCCACUGCGACGAAAAUAAAUAAGAUGGAUGAUUUGUUUAUAAAAUGCUCCAACCACAUUCAGAAGUUUGCUCCUUGUAUUUCUAUGUUGAAUUUAUCUUCAAAGGUUGGCGAUCUGGUGUCUCUUGAAGGCUCUAUUUGUGGUGUUGACGAAGAAACUACAUUGUUUUGGAAUGCAUGCAGUGUUUGCGGAGGAGAUGAAGUGGGCCAUGACGAGAAGAAGAAUGUGUGGUGCAAGACAUGCCGUGCAGUAGUAUCCUCAAAAUUGCGCAUGCAGCUUGAUGUGUUUAUAUACAUGAAGUCGGUGUCGAAAUUUUGUAUUCUUUGCAAACUUCUGGAAAAAACAAUAACAUCCCUACUUGCCAAACCUCCCGAUGUAAAUUUUGAAGGCUAUGACGUGAGCAGUAUUCUUAACAAGUCAUUGUCGCCGACACUCUGUGUUGUUGUUGACGUCAUCAAACAAACUAAAGACGAUGGCUGGAAAGUAUUUUUGAAAGAAGUUGAACCACUAUGCAACUUCGUUUCUACUUCGGUUUAAAUUUAUGAAGUUCAUGUAUAUAUGUUUCCAAUCUGUUACUGUUGUUAGAUAUUGUAUAUAAUAAUUGUAUGAAAUAUGAAACUAUACAGUAUAA